CGUUCCGCGCAGGCGCGAUGUGGUGGUCCCACGUGGGCUGGUGAGUUGCCGGGCUGCUCGGGUCCCCGGGCUGGGAUCACAGUGAUGCCGAAAGCCAAGCUGGGCAAGGGCGGCCAGGCCCCCCGGAGCCUGGGCCUGGCCGAGCAGAUUCUGCAGGGAGACGCGGUGAAGCCGCUCGGCCGCCAGAAGGAGCGGCACCGCAGGCAGGAGGCCCGGGCCCGGGACGAGGAGGAGUAUGUGGACGCCCGGUUGAGCCGCAGGAUCCUGGAGCAGGCCCGAGCGCAACAGGAGGAGUUGGAGGCCGAGCACGGCGGCGGCGACGACCCGGGCCGCACCACAAAAACUACCGUGUUAGGCUCAGGUUCGAAGGGUAAAGAUUCGGACUCCGAAUCGGACGAUGAGUGGCCGACGCUGGAGAGUGCGGCUGCGAUUGCGAAGGAGGGCUACGGCGAGGAAGUAGUCGUGAACCCGGAGGAUGAAAAGGCGAUAGAUACGUUCAUGAACAAGAACCCUCCGCUGAGGCGCACUCUGGCUGACAUUAUCAUGGAGAAGAUCACGGAGAAGCAGACGGAAGUGGAGACGGUCAUGUCGGAAAUCUCUGGCCGACCGAUGCCGCAGCUGGACCCCAGGGUCCUGGAGGUGUACAAGGGUGUCCGUGAGGUACUGUGCAAGUAUCGGAGUGGGAAACUUCCAAAAGCCUUCAAGAUUGUGCCAGCGUUGUCAAACUGGGAGCAGAUUCUGUACAUCACGGAGCCAGAGAGCUGGACGGCGGCUGCCAUGUACCAGGCCACCAGGAUCUUUGCUGCCAACCUGAAGGCCAAGAUGGCCCAGAGGUUCUACAACCUGGUGCUUUUGCCUCGUGUGAGAGACGACAUUGUCGAGUACAAACGCCUUAACUUCCACCUUUACAUGUCCUUGAAGAGAGCGCUGUUCAAACCUGCAGCCUGGUUUAAGGGUAUUCUACUUCCUCUGUGUGAAUCUGGUACAUGCACAUUAAGAGAAGCUAUCAUUAUUGGCAGUAUUCUGACCAAGUGCUCUAUCCCAGUCCUUCAUACCAGUGCUGCGAUGCUGAAGAUCGCGGAGAUGGAAUACAACGGAGCGAACAGCAUCUUCCUGCGAUUGAUGAUUGACAAGAAGUACGCCCUUCCUUUCCGGGUGAUUGACGCGCUGGUUUUCCACUUCCUGCGGUUCCAGACGGAUAAGAGGACCCUGCCCGUGCUGUGGCACCAGUGUCUGCUCACCUUUGCCCAGCGCUACAAGGAGGACUUGUCCUCUGAGCAGAAGGACUCCUUAGUGGAGCUGCUGAGGAUUCACCAUCAUCCAAGCAUCUCUCCGGAGAUCCGCCGUGAACUGGUCAACUCCAAGUCGAGGGACGUGGAAGUGGGAAUGGCCUUGGACUGAUUUGUUUUCACUUCCUGCUGGCUUUGUUUUCUUGGCUGAAUAAACAUCUGGAUUUGAAGUGAUUUUAAUCUCGCCAACUAGCCUGGAUUUCUACUUGAUGUGGAGAUACUUUUUGUCUUGUUAUUAAUUAACAAGUUUUUAUAUUGACUUAAUCCUCGUGAAACUCAAGAACCAACUUUAUUCACCAUAUACGUUAACAUAUUAAUUGAAUUCUGCUUACUUGGGAGACAUUGGGAUUAGUACAUUUUGGCCCAAUUAAGCGGCCACCCCAAAUAGCCAAAGGUUCAUGGAAAUAGUUAAGGUAUAAAAAGAAAGACAAACAACCGUUUAACUGAGCAACAUAUUAUGACUCUCACCUGGAGGUUCGCUGUGUGAACAAUGACUUGUAUUUCCCAGUUACAGAUUCUGUGUGGCUCCAGUUUAGUCAGGCGCAAUGUGUCACAUCAUCACAGAGUACGUCAAGGGUAGACCAAGUUUAAAAAUACUUUAAAGGUCAAAGUAAAUUUAUUAUCUAAGUACAUAUAUGUCACCAUAUAUAACCCUGAGAUGUGUUUUCUUGUGGGCUUACUCAGUAAAUGUACAGAAUAAUAACCAUAACAGACCAUCCAACUUGGGCAUUCAACCAGAGUGCAGAAGACAACAAACUGUGCAAAUACAAAAAGAAAGUAAGAAUAAUAAUAAAUAAACAAGCAAUAAAUUUCAAGAAUA